UGACACUAUCCACAGCAUAAAAAGUGAGCAAACACUAAAAACUGAAGUACUUGAAAAAUAUAUUUUAUGCAAACAGGUAAAGUGCGUUCCUUGACGUUUCUUUGCAAGACAAAACACGCUGCGACGCAUAAACGAUUCCGAGUUCCAGCAUUACAUACCUUAUAACAACAUUCAGCCUUUCGGUAACACACACCUUGAUGGGUCGAUAGUGGUACUUAUCGCCUUCACGCACUUUGGUAUUGAAGCUAUGACUAGCAGUCCAGCCAUUGGUCAGCGUGAGGGCAUGCGACGUGCAGGGGAGACUGGUACCAGGUAGUUGUGUUGAGAUCACCAGAUUAACACUUGAAGUGGUCUGUAAGGUGCGCCGCGUUCUGUGUUCCUCUUUGAUUUCAGGUUUUGCUACAUUGUCUUGUGUCUUCACUAAGAAGACUGUAAAUGUCCUGAAGUAAGUGUUCCGGGAUCAAACGCUCAGUUAUAUGAUUUUUCGGUGUAUAUGCUAAGGCGCGGUUGCACGGGCGUCACUGACAAAAGUAAAUGUUGUUGGUGGUAGUGGUGGUGGUGGUGGUGGUGUUAGUGGCAUCGAUGGAUACGCCAGCUCACGCCGCUGACCCAGCACAAUGGGCGGUGUUCAAGAUGGAGGCUGGGGACGGCGACGGAGACACUGACACCCGCUUGACUGUGUCCCUCAAGGAAAGUCUGUCCCACGCGGCGCCUGCACCCCUCGCCUCCUUCACACUGUGCAUGUGGUACUACGCCACUGCCUUCCUGGACGCCAGCACGCUGCUCAGCUACGCCACUUCCAAUCAAAUGGAUGAUGUCAUUCGCCUUCGGCCAAAUCCAGACGAGUUCACAGUGACGUACAUGCAGGACAUCCACAGACUUCCAGACUUUCCCUCGUUGGUGGUGCCUGAGCGGUGGCAGUCAAUUUGCUUCUUGGGGGAUCCUGAGGGUUGGACUCUGUGGCUGGAGGAAAACGUGACCAGGUACGAGGUUGCCAUAUCACCACUUGCUGUGGAUGGAGUCGUUGUGUUGGGUCAGGAACAGGACAUCCUGGACGGAGGCUAUACUAAGGACCAGUCAUUCCAGGGCAAACUUACUGGCCUCACCCUCUGGCCCUUGGCCCUGUCUACCGCACAGCUUCUCAACUGGCUCUCCUGCAUCAUGCCCGACACUGUGCCGCUCCUCGUAUGGGACGACAUCACGUGGACGGCGCACAACAAGACGGGAGACAUCACUGUACAUGAAGAAGGCCCCUGUGACGAGGGCGGAGCCGCAGCCAGAAAGUUUCUACUCUUCACCUCAAAAAUGGCAGCCUUAGAAGCUAAACAAUUUCUCAAUAUCAUUGGGUUUGAUAUAGUAGUCCCUCGAGACGAUAAAGAGAUUGAAACAAUAUCAGAACUUGUAGGUGAAAACCAACAUCAUUGUCCUUUGAAGGUGAAAGAUGGCUUCGGUGCCUGGAUGGGCCUCUUAUACAACAGCCAGUCUGAUGAAGGAUCAAACUUGGCUGGUGAACGAGUGGACUGGCUGAAUUUCAAGAAAAGGGUGAGAAAUAUCAGUCCUAACAGAAACGUCGUUCAGAGUUCAGGAGACGACUGGUUUUUACUGAAAGGAGGAUUACAAAUGUGUUUCGUGGGGACGCCUCGAGGACGAAGAGUCUUCCGCCUUCGAGGACUGCCACCAAAACUCACCGAGGACGUGUCGCCGCUGGCCUUCUCCUUCGUGCUGGCACGCCACCCCGGCCAAGGCGUCUACUUCCACGGCUUCAGGAAGCUACACAUCAAGAAGGUCGCCAACACCUCCCGUUGGUGUCUGAGCGGUAACGAGCUGCACCACACGCUCUGUGUUGACUUGCAGAAGCUGCCGGUGGGGCGCCACAAGUGGAUGGCGGAGCAGCAGGAACAGGAGCAGCAGCAACAGCAGCAGCACACCGGCGUGAUGAAGCUCUCUCUCAGCACCUGUGCUGACCACCAGUACACCUGCUCGGAUGCCACCUGUGUGCAGCUGUCCAAAGUGUGCGACUUUGAGUUCGACUGUUCUGACCAGUCGGACGAGGUGGGGUGCACCACGGCGCUGCUGCCCCAAGGCUACCUGCACUCCUACCCUCCGUCAGUGCCGCUGCCCGUGCUCGCCGCAGUCACUGUUAAACGAAUCGUCAACUUCGACCUACUCAGCAUGACCUUCCAGGUUAACCUUGACCUCAAGCUGUACUGGAUGGACUCAUGGAUAACUUUUUCUAACUUAGGGGAAGAUUACAAAAAAGUAACGACGGAUGAUGAUAAACAGGUUUGGCGGCCGGAGGUGAUCGUGCAGAACAGUCCGACGCCACCCUACACGGUGUCUGAAUUGUCGGUCAAGAGGCAAGGCCGAGGUCGACCUACCGAAAGAGGAUACACGUUCCCGGGGGCAGAAAAUCAGUUGGUGGAGACAAAGACAAUUAAAGCUAUUGUGAACUGCGACUUCAGACUGCGAUGGUAUCCUUGGGAUGACCAGCUGUGCUUCUUGACGCUCGUGGUGACCAAUGUCCGGGAGAGCGGGCUGCUGCUGAACCAGUCCUCGGGAGUCCUGAGCUGCCCGACCCUGUUGGAGGAGUACAAGGUGGCGUCCUGCGCGUUGGGAAAGGAGGAGGGUCCCACCAACACCAUCACCGUGUACCUGAAGUUAUCGCGGCGCUACGAGUACCACCUGUUCACCACCUUCCUGCCCACCUCGCUGCUCCUCAUCCUCGGAUACGGGACGCUGCUGUUGCCGGUGGAAUCCUUCAACGAGCGAGGCAUCAUGAGUCUCACCCUACUGCUGGUGUUCAUCUCUCUUUACACUGAGACCAGCAACUCCCUUCCUAGCACGGCCUACCUCAAGCACAUCGACGUGUGGUUCGUGUUUAACCUCACCUAUCUGUCUGUCAUUAUCAGCGUCCACCUAGCGGCCUUCCACACCCCCACCUCCGCCACACCACUCAUGCACGUGAAGCCCUGGAAGCCUGGAAGCAACACCUGGACGUCUGAAAUGACCAAGAAAGACGAAAGGAAACCAAUCUCGUCGGACAAAAUUCUCCGAGUGAGCAGGAAGGUUCUCGCGUUCGUCUUUGUCGUCUUCACACUCGUGUAUUCCGUUCUACUAGUGGUGUGAGAUGACAAAAGUAGAUUUGCUGCCUGACAAUAAUUCAAUAGGGAGUGGUAGCAAGACUGCUUUGACAUAUGAUUAAGAUUUUAUCUAAGUCAGUCGCUCCCAUACAACACCUAACAAGUGCGCGCCUGUCCAUUCUUUGAGAUAGAUGAUUGAUGAGAACUCUUUAGGCAUAAUUGAUAAGUGUUUUGGCGCCUGUCUCGACCACAUCCAACAGGCUUUUGUAGAAGUUAUCUUAGUCCUCAAGAACAUUAUCAUGAUUUUCGGGGUUGCGCACCACUAACAUAAAAAUAAAGAAAGGAAAAAAAACACUAAUAAUUCAUAGCCUCUGAAAAUACUUCUAAUGAAGGCUCAAAACAUUAGUAAAUACAAGCUGAUUUGAUUGGUCUCUUUCAACCUGGCAGCCGCUAAUGCAUGCACAUCUUUUUUUUUUUGUAGCACUGAAAUAAAGAUAUAUAAACCUUU